CCUGGGAUUCAAGCAUGUGGUCACCAUAGAGGCACUGAGGAAAGCAUAUCCCCUGUUAGACAUGGUGGAUCAGAGCCGGAGGCCAAAGGAGCUGCCUCCUCCAACCACUGGCUUUCCCACUAUAGAAGGGGUGAUUCUCUUUGGUGAGCCAGUGAGGUGGGAGACAAGCCUGCAACUUAUUAUUGAUGUACUGUUGAGCAACGGGAACCCUGGAGCAGAGCUGCAAGACAUACCAUACCCCCAUCUGCCUGUCCUUGCCUGCAACAUGGAUCUUCUGUGGAUGGCUGAAGCCAAGAUGCCCAGGUUUGGCCAUGGCACUUUCCUUCUUUGCUUGGAGAACAUCUACAAGAAGGUGACAGGCCGGGAACUGAAAUAUGAGGCUUUGAUUGGCAAACCCAGCACAGUCACCUACCGCUAUGCUGAAUACUUGAUAAAACAGCAGGCAGAGAAACAGGGCUGGAAGGCUCCCAUCCAACGCCUCUAUGCAGUUGGGGAUAACCCUAUGUCUGAUAUCUAUGGGGCAAACCUCUACAACAACUACCUCAAGUCAACUCACCAGAACCAGGUCCAGGCUGGGGUGAAGAGGAGCCCACAAGCAGCCAGUCCCCAAACUGAGGAUCACCUCCAGCUGUGGAAGGACUGCAACAAUUCAGUGGAGAGUUGUGAGUCGAUUCUGGUCUGCACUGGGGUCUAUCGCCACAAUACAGAUGUCCCGAGUAACACGGAGGAGUGCACAACGGAGACGGUGUUCCAUGGCCAUAGGGACUUCUGUUUUGACCCCAGCCUGGUGGAGGCAUCUUACAUAGUGCAGGAUGUGAAUGAUGCUGUGCAACUUGCUUUCAAGAAGGAGAACUGGAGUUAG